AUGUGGGAGCUGCUCGUCCUGCAGCCGGUGCUCACGGAGCGGAUGCAGCUGGAAAGGGCAGCGAGCGGCUUUGGGCAGCGCCGCGGGGACACGCGGGAGCCCCGGCAGCUCCAGGCCUGGCGCUUGGACGGCUCGCUGCCCGCCUUCCUCAAGCUCUGGACAGAGCUGCUCAUCAUCCGCCCAUCCUCGCAGUACAUCGUGGCCCUCGUCUUCGCCACCUACCUGCUCAAGCCCAUCUUCCCCACCUGCCCGGUGCCCGACGAGGCCGCCAAGCUGGUGGCCUGCCUCUGUGUCUUGCUGCUCACAGCAGUGAACUGCUACAGUGUGAAAGCUGCUACCCGUGUUCAGGAUGCCUUUGCUGCAGCCAAACUGCUGGCGCUGGCCCUGAUCAUCAUUCUUGGCUUCGUUCAGCUUGCAAAGGGGGACGUGACAAACCUGACCCCUGCACGUUCCUUUGAAGGCACCAAAGUUGAUGUGGGCAGCAUCGUGUUAGCCUUGUACAGCGGUCUCUUUGCCUACGGAGGAUGGAAUUACUUGAAUUUUGUCACAGAAGAGAUGAUAAAUCCCUACAGAAACCUGCCUCUGGCUAUCAUCAUCUCACUACCUGUAGUCACUUUGGUUUAUGUGUUGACAAACUUGGCUUACUUCACAACCCUGUCCACGGAGCAGAUGCUGACGUCCGAGGCCGUGGCUGUGGACUUUGGGAACUACCACCUUGGUGUCAUGGCCUGGAUCAUACCUGUCUUUGUUGGCUUAUCGUGCUUCGGAUCUGUCAAUGGAUCUCUCUUCACCUCUUCCCGGCUCUUCUUUGUGGGAUCCCGGGAAGGGCACCUCCCUUCCAUCCUCUCCAUGAUCCACCCCAGGCUGCUCACUCCAGUGCCAUCCCUCAUCUUCACGUGUGUCAUGACGCUGCUCUACGCCUUCUCCAACAACAUUUUCUCAGUCAUCAACUUCUUCAGCUUCUUCAACUGGCUGUGUGUGGCUCUGGCCAUCAUUGGCAUGAUGUGGCUGCGCUACAAGAAGCCAGAGCUGGAAAGGCCCAUCAAGGUCAACAUCUGCUUGCCCAUUUUCUUCAUCCUGGCCUGCUUGUUUCUCAUCGCUGUCUCCUUCUGGAUGACGCCAAAGGAAUGUGCGAUUGGCUUUGCAAUCAUCUUCAGUGGGAUCCCCGUUUACUUCUUUGGAGUCUGGUGGCAAAACAAGCCCAAGUGGAUUCUCCAAGGCAUCUUCUCGGCGACUGUCCUGUGCCAGAAGCUGAUGGAAGUGGUGCCGCAGGAAUCCUAGGCGGGAACGCGGAGACAGGCAGCUCGAGGAAACGCACAAUGUUAUUUGGAGACGGAGCAAGGAGAAGACGCUUCGGAUCCCCC